AGUUAAGUUCAAAUAAUAUAUAAGUGAUCAAUUGAUUGUGUGUUAUGUGUAAACAAGUUUUGUUAGAAAAUAUUGGUCACUGAUAAAGAGUAUGGAUAUUCUACUUUUGUGCUGCUUUGAUAAUUCAUUCAUAAUUUUGAAUCAUACAUGAGUGUAUAUGGAGUGUUUUGAUACCUGUGACUACUAAAGACAGAUUGCAGUGAUCAAUGCACAAAGUAUUGGUAAAUUAAGAACUGAAGAUGCCAGGAACAUUGACCUACCCAAUAUAUGCUGGGGUCGAGUCAUCUCCACAAAGACAACGAUCCUAUAGUUGGAGUAAUCAACAGCGUACCCUAUCUCAUGUAUUGCCAACUCAUAGAAGACCUGGCCGUGUAUCGUUAGCAGAACCUGUGAGAGAUGAGACUACCAGUAAGCUGAGAUUAAAGGUGAUCGCUGGGCACCAAUUAGCUAAGAAAGACAUUUUUGGUGCAAGCGAUCCUUAUGUACGUGUUGAUUUAAAUACUGUAAAUGGUGAUCAGACAGUGGAUUCUGCACUUACAAAAACUAAAAAAAAGACUUUGAAUCCUGUCUGGGAGGAGGAAUUUAUAUUUAGAGUUAAGCCUGUUGAUCACAAAUUGGUGCUACAAGUUUUUGACGAGAACAGAUUGACAAGAGAUGAUUUUCUUGGAAUGGUGGAAUUAACAUUAAUCAAUCUACCUAUAGAACAAGAGGGUCAAACAAUCCCUGCUAGACGCUACUUACUUCGACCACGUAGUAAUCAUUCCAGUCAGCGUUCGAGAGUAAAAGGUACUUUGGAAGUAUACCACGCAUACAUUUCGGAUACGGUGACCGUAGAGACUGACUAUAGGGAUGCUGCAGUUGACACAGGAGGAUGGGAAAUGGUACAACCAGUACAUGUCAACCAUCCCAUGCAGACAGUUAUGUUUGACUCGCCGUUACCACCUUUACCACCAGGAUGGGAAGAAAGACAAGAUGCAAAUGGGCGAACGUAUUACGUUAAUCAUAUAGCACGAUUCACCCAAUGGGAACGACCAUCGGAAUCUAAUACUUCACCCAGUGGAAAUGUUGAAGUUGACCGAAAUUUCAGUACUGCUGCAACUGAAUUUCAGCGACGUUUUCAUAUAAGCGCAGAUAACGAAAACAGACACAGAAGUUCGAUUAAUCAGGAUGGUGAAGUACUCCGCAAGGAAGAUGAAGAUUCGGAAGCAAGAGAUAAUGAGAUUGAGAAUCAUAGGGGAGGGGGUAUUGGGGAUACUUCUUCAGACUCCGGACGUUCUGUUGAUCAACAUGGCUACCUUAGUGAAUGCGAAGACCAGACCGAUGAUAACGUAGAUAGUCCCGCCGGAUCUAGACGAUCCUCAGAACAGAUUGAAGCCCACAAACCCACCCUUCCCCUGCCAAGCGACGAAGGAUUGCCACCUGGAUGGGGUAUGCAAAUGGCACCGAAUGGUAGAGUCUUUUUUAUUGAUCAUAACGAAAGGACAACAACAUGGAUCGAUCCCCGAACGGGACGUCCAAGUUCGAUACCUAAUAACAUUGCUCCUUCAACUACACCAAGAAAUAAUUUAGACCAACUUGGACCACUUCCUGAAGGUUGGGAAGAACGGCUUCAUACAGAUGGCAGAACAUUUUUCAUCGAUCAUAAUACAAGAACAACUCAGUGGGAAGAUCCACGCAUGUCCAAUCCACAAAUUGCUGGCCCGGCUGUACCAUAUUCGCGAGAUUAUAAGCGUAAAUAUGAAUAUCUCAAAUCUCAACUGAGAAAGCCUAACAAUGUUCCUAAUAAAUUCGAAAUAAAAGUUGGCCGAAAUAAUAUUCUCGAAGAUUCGUAUCGUAUAAUUAGUUCUGUUAAUAGAGUGGAAAUAUUAAAAACCAAAUUAUGGGUUGAAUUUGAAGGAGAAGUCGGUUUGGAUUAUGGAGGUCUUGCCCGAGAAUGGUUUUUCCUUCUGUCGAAAGAAAUGUUCAAUCCUUAUUAUGGAUUGUUCGAGUAUUCUGCCACGGACAAUUAUACUCUACAAAUCAAUCCUUUCUCGGGAGUAUGCAACGAAGAACAUCUAAAUUACUUUAAAUUUAUUGGGCGUAUAGCGGGCAUGGCUGUUUACCACGGAAAGUUAUUAGAUGCGUUUUUUAUUCGACCAUUCUAUAAGAUGAUGUUAGGUAAAUCUAUCGAUUUAAAGGAUAUGGAAAGCGUUGAUUCAGAGUAUUACAAUUCGUUAUUGUGGAUUAAAGAAAAUGAUCCUAGCGAAUUAGAACUCACAUUCUGUGUAGACGAAGAAAGUUUUGGACAUACCUCCCAAAGAGAGCUUAAGCCUGAUGGUGCUAACAUACCAUUAACAGAUGUGAACAAAGACGAGUACAUAGGUUUAGUUAUACAGUGGCGGUUUGUAUCAAGAGUUCAAGAACAAAUGAAUGCAUUUUUGGAAGGAUUUAACGCUCUUAUACCACCGACAUUAGUGAAGAUAUUUGACGAACACGAAUUAGAAUUGCUGAUGUGUGGUAUUCAACAUAUUGACGUGAAGGACUGGAAACAGAAUACGUUAUACAAAGGAGAUUAUCAUGCCAAUCAUCUUGUCGUCCAAUGGUUUUGGCGAGUGGUACUUUCGUUUAGCAAUGAAAUGCGCUCUAGGCUUUUACAAUUCGUUACUGGGACAUCGCGGGUACCGAUGAAUGGUUUUAAGGAACUUUACGGUAGCAAUGGACCACAGCUGUUUACAAUCGAAAAAUGGGGCACACCAGACAAUUAUCCGAGAGCUCAUACUUGUUUUAAUCGUAUCGACCUUCCUCCUUAUGAAAGUUAUCAACAACUCAGGGAAAAAUUGAUAAAAGCAAUUGAAGGUUCACAAGGUUUUGCUGGAGUGGAUUAGCACGAAAUACCCCUUUUCAUGAUGAUAUCUGUAAUAUAAUGUACAUAUAUACAUACACAUAGAUACACAACUAUGUAUACUGUCUAAUAUGAUUAACUAUUUAACAGGAUUAACAUUUUUCUGCACUCCGAAGACUUAGGUGUCUUUCGACUGCUAGUUACAUCAUUGAGACAAAUCAAUGAAAAGUAUCUUUAAACACUACUUAACUGUUAUCAAUAAUUCAAAAAAAUCUUAUGCAUAGUGCACUUUUAAAAUUAUAAGCUAUAUUUAACAAAAUGUUUGCAAGUAAUCUCAAAUGCUGUUUCGAAGCAGUUGACGAAUUACAAUUUAUUAACUUGUUCACUUUCUAUUUGUAAUUUCAUGUUUUGACUAUUACGCUUUGAAGAGGUUUUUGGGGAAAAAUUUUCGUUGUCACGAUAAAAAAAAAAAUUAAUUUGAUUGUAAUUGUAAAUAAUUUUAAGAUAAAGUAAUACCGUAUUAAUUAAUAUCCUACUUUGUUGAUAGCGCGAAAAAUGCCUUGUUACGGAAGGAAUUUAUGAACAGUAUAAGUUCACAGAUUUAAGAGAUACAAUUUUAAAUGAAAGUAAAGCAUUAAAAAAAAAGAUAUUAAUUGCAUUAUAUAUUUGUCAUAGUUUUUCAAAACGUAUUGAAUUUCAAUUAUACUCGAGCUAUUUUAUGAAACAAGCAAAAACAA